GUGUCUUUGUGGUGUGGUUUCCUUCUUUGUUAAGUGUCCUAUUUUGUAGGAAUGACAAAAUGGGAUAAUAUUAAACACUGUGUACUAGUAGAACUUACAAGUUUAUUAAGUAAUGAUACUUACAAUUUGACUAGAGCUUUUUGACCCGCCGUCCACCAACUUCGGGGAAAGACGAACAGGAAUCUACAGCUAACUUCACGCUGAUCCUACAGUUAAUCUCUGAUCACUUUUACUAGUUUUAAGGCUAAUUACACCGUUUACUUUAAAUGAGUUCCUGGACUCAACACCGAUGCACCUUCACUCAAUGAUACUCCAAACUGAACUGAUUCUAGGAAUUUUAGACCUAGGGGUGGCUGGUCAUCUAGACAGAGGCCUGGUUGUUCGGUUGUAUGGAUGCUGAGAUGGCCGUUUCAGAAGGUGACUUGGUAUCUUGGUCUUCAACUCGAGUUAAAGUAACCACCAAGAUCAUCCACAAAGUAACAUAAAAUGCAACUUUUACAACUACAGCCUAAUUAUCACCAAACUCUAUUUUGUGGUUUAAUUCCCGUAGAAUUUUGUUUCAAUUAAUUAAGGGUUACGUUUUACCAGUAACAUUAAUGGUAGCAUAAUUCUGGCCAAUGAGAUGUAUAUCCUAGCAAUAGGGCUUUUAGAUCUCUGUGGACUCAUAUUUUAUCAUUUGUUAAGUUCUGUUGUCAUUCCAUGUCAGUUCUGAUGGUAAAUGGAUAAAUGUAAGAAAGAUUACAUACAUUUAUAUGUACAUAUACAAUAGAUGAGAAAUAACAAAGAUAACAAAUAUCAGAGCCCGAAAUGAUUAAAGUGUUAAAAGUCCAAGACUGGUUGAAACUGAAUUUACUUAUUCUAUCUUGCUAGGAUUUGCAUGAAUGAAGUAUAUUUGCCUUUUCAUUAACCCAAAGCAUGGAGGGUGUCAAUGUUGCUCCACAAAGAAUGGCAAAUGCAGAAAAAUAUGACCCAAAUUUUUUAUAUCAAUUUUUGCAACAAGAAAAUUAAAGCUACCUGAUUUAACUCUCAUUUAUGAUAACCAUUAUAUAACCAUUAUAUUGGAGUUGAUCUUUUGUUCAAAAGUUGUACCAUUGUGCUUUCUCCCUAAAGGUAAGGUACUCACUACAGCUCUAGCCUUGUGACUUCAGCAUAUUUGCUUGAACAUUUUUUUCCUUUUCUUCCAAAGCCUAACUUUACAUAAACUAGAUUUACCAUUUUUAUUCUGAUCUAGAUUUACAUAAAAGGACCUUGCCUCAUUAACUAUAUAUUGCUAUAGAUGUAAUUAGAUCUAAUUUAUCUAGCUAAGUAGUAUAACUAGGGGAAAAAUGCUGGCUUUACAGUUUCAUGGUAUUAGGCUCAUACCUCCAGGCUUCUCACGGUUAACUUGGCUGCGACAGUACUAGCAUCAAGUGGGGAGAAAGGAACAAACUAUUGUCACAUCAUCAAGUACCUUGAUUAUUAGGAGGGACCCAAGGAUACCUCAAUGAAGUAAAAUAAUCUUCAGGAGUUAAGAAAAUCAAUUCAGAUUUGCUUGUUGAAGUUGUGCACCUCCGUAGAAAUCGCCCCACAACCAUUUCCAUAGUACUAAGACCAUGGGGGAGUUCAGCAGAAACAUCGUUAUAUUGAUAUUUGCUGCUGUGUGCAUAUGGAUAACAAAUGGGGAAAUUGGUGGAAAAUGCAUUUAUUCCUAUGAUUGUCCAGGUCAAGCAAGCUGUAAGAACAACCAUUGUACCUGCCCAGAAAUAGAGUAUUCAGAGUCACUCUAUCCAGAGUGUAAUUGGAGGUCGCAAUAUUGUAUAAGAACUGAAUAUUGCUCGAAAAAUGCUCAGUGUAUUGACCAUGUGUGUGUAUGUGAUGAGGGCUACUACAGGAUGGAAUCUUCCUGUCGCAAAGGGCAAUUACAGCCAGUAAUGUCAACCUGCAGAGUAACAAGACAAGCAUUAUGGAUGUGUGAUAUCAGUAAACAUUCUUUAUGCAUAAAUGAUACUUGUGUUUGUGCUACGGGUUACAUCCCAACCGCAGAUGGAUCAUGUGAACCACAGGAAUCGUACAUGAAGAAAUAUAGUCUUUCUGAUUAUCGCGUUAAACCUGGUGAAUACUGCAGAAAAUCCGCAAAUUGUAUUGAAGGACUUGAGUGUCAGGGCUUUAAAUGCAGGUGUCCAGUUGCUUGUAGGUAUGACCAAAGAAAAGAAAUUUGUGACUGUGGAGAAGUUGAAUCAACGAAUGGACCAAUUUAUCUGGGUAUCUUUCUUGGCUUGCUUGUCAUUUUAUUUUGGUGCUGUACAAUCAAGAGAACCAUAAGGAAACACAAGAAAAUGAUGAGCCAGUUUUCAUCUCUCCCAGCUGCUGAUGAUGGGUAUGUGCCACGUUCAUAUGCACUCUCGCCUGUCCAUUCCUCCAUCCAAACGGAAACAACAGCUGAUGGCACUGCAUCACCGGCCAGCAGAACAGCUGGCACUCCAAUUCGCGAAGGCACUGGCACCUCUCAAACCUACUCCAUAAAUCCCCCAACAGCACCAAACUAUCCUGUAAACCCAGAAUCAGAUAAGCCUCCAUCAUAUGUAGAUGUUAUUUCUUCACCAUUGUAUAACCCUGAUCCAGCAAGCCAGCCUCUUACCUUUGUACCAAAUGCUCCAUAUCCUCAUUCCUACAUCCCAUUGUCUCGUGACACCCAACGGUCCUCUAGUCCAUCACACUCUCUUUCAGGAAGACCACAUUCCCGUAGUUCCUCACCUAUACCACAUCAUAGUAGUCCCUCAGGAACACCAUAUCCUAUUAGUCCCCUAGCAACACCACAUCCUGAUAGUCCCAAUGCACCACUGUAUCCUGGCAGUCCUGAUGCAAUGCUACGCCCAUUUAACCCUUCUGCCCCAGCUGGUGCUCCCAGUCCUUCAUCUCCAGUGCAUUCAUCUGUUCCUGAAGUACCACCAGCUUACAAUCCAUACUUUAAUGAGGACAGUGUUCCAGGUACCUCUGGCAAUGACAGUAAAUCAAAGUACUAAACUACUUAGUUUGACCAAGUGCAAGACUUACUUCUUUUAGCAAAGACUCAGCAGUGACAAGCUUGCAGGGAAGAAUUUACCCAAGAACAUCUUCAUAAAGUAAUUAUCUCUAUAUUUCUCCACUCAACCUGUGGAUACUGAAAGUGCAUGUAUAUCUAGAGUAUGAAGGAAAUGUACCAGGCAUCAUUGGGUUAAAACAUAGCCACAAGUUGUUUUAAAAUGGCAGGUUUAGGUACAUUUUUUCAUAAUUGGGAUGUAGUGCUCACAUCUAACUAGUCAUUGCCCAGUGUGGUAAUUCUUCCACCAUACUUUUUAUUUCAGAGCUUAUAAGAUUAAAAGGGCAAAAAUGUAAAACCUCCAAAACAGGAAAAGUAACAAAUUUUCAUGCACAAACUAUAUAGCCUGUCAUUUAUUGGAUUUCGUAUUUGAUUUUUUGUGACUUGUGCUUCUUAAUGAUAGGCGUGAUGAUGUAGUUUUCAAUGAGUCUAAUGGUUACUGUCUACUAAAAUAACAGAAUUCACUAACACAUCAGUUGCUUUCUCAGAAACAGAUCAUCACCAAAAGUAGAAAUAUUCUUCAGUUUGAGAAAUGCAAUCAUCAAGCUGUAGCACAGCCUUCGAGUGGAAAAAGAAUAUUGAAUAUGAGUAAAAAAAUCAAAUAAGGAGAAUUGCUUUGAAUGGCAAUAUUUUUAGGAAAAUUUGAGAAAUUGAUGUGCAAAGUUUUCAAAAAAGUACAACUAGUGUAAGUAAAAGGUUGCUAUUGAUGAAUUACAGUAAGAAUCUCAUUAUUAAUGUUUCAUCAUAAAAUAUGAAUGUAGGGAAAUAACACCCCACUGUGACCUGAAGGUCAAGAUUUUCUCCACUCUUAAGCUUUCCGUGCAACAGCUGCAGCUUUUGAAGCACAAUGAUUUUGAAUUACUUUUUUAGGUAUUUUUGCAGCCCACAUUAUGAUUGUAGUGCUGGGAAGUCAGUGGGGCACAGAGCUGUUAAACAGUCAUUUGCUCUUACAUAUGUAUUGAAACUGAGUGGAUUUGCAACAAAAUUAUGCUUUGGUCAUAACAAGAAAUAUGGGAGUACAUAUUUCAAAACCUACCUUUUCUGAAAAAAUAAUAGAAUAGUAAAAUUUAAACUAUAAGUGUUAUGCCGUUGGCACCCUAAUGAAAUAAGAUUGCAUAGGACUAAAACAUUACAGGCUGGCUGAUGGUAGUAAAACAUGUACUUAUAGGAUGGCAAAUGUUUGUAUUUUUUCGUCAUUUCUAUUAGUAUCUCCCUUCAAAGAUAGUACUGGAAAUGCAAAUUUGUUGAUAAAUUACACCCCACAGGUAUUUACGUGCCUAGCUACCCUUGGAGGUCAGCACAAGGAUUUAUAAACUACUAUUUUUGUAAUUAAUAUGUAAUAUAAAAUCCAUACCUAACCAAAAUUGUAAUCUUUGGAUCAAAAUUUAAAUUAAUUAUUACUGAAACCUUGAUUGAGUUCUGCAGUUUGAUGCUGCCAGUACCAGUGCUUUGAAAGGGAUGGUAACUGGAACCAAACUGUUUUUGAAUUACAAAAAGCGAAUAUAUAUGUGCUUAACCUUGAAGGUCGGCAAAAAGAUUAAUGAAAUUAUAUUUUUUUUAUGAUUUGUUGUCAAGUAAUGCAAGAUUUUAGCUAAGCUAUAAUGUAAUUUCUAAAAUAUAACUUAAAUAAAUUAUUGCCCAAAGUAGAGAAACAGGUUUAAAAGCCAAAUUGGUUUACAGAGACUCAGUGCCUUCAAUAUAAUAGAUAAUCUAAAUCAAAUAUUCCUUUAAAUGUAUAAUAGUGGAUCACUUGAUUUUCAAAACCUUUUUUCAGUAAGCAGAUAAUAAUUGAAAAUUUUUCAUAAUACUACCUAAAUUUAUAUAUGUAUAUAUUUUGAAUAUGGUACAACUAAUUUAUUUUAUUUUUGCUGAGGUGGCCAUGCCCUGGUCACUAAUUUAUGGGCAUAUCUCAGUUAACUGUUGAUAACACUUCUUCACACUGAAGGCCCCCUUUACAGAAUAUAAAAUCUUGAAAGUAAUUGUAAAAACAGUUAAAAUAUAUGACUUUAUAAGGCUUUAAUGAAUCAAAUAUAUUUAACAAGUUACAUGCACUAUAUGACAAGGACUUAAUUUAUAUUUAUAUUAUAUUUAGUAUGGUGAGCCCACUAGGAGGAUGGGUUCCAAACUGUCCAAUACUUGUUUUCUUCAUUAAGAGAUAUAUAUGUAGCCUGUUAAAUUUCAGAGCUGAAUUCUGUUAUGUAGGUUAUUGUUGACUAUUUUUUUUUUCUUUCUUUCUUUCUUUUUGAAAGAAAAAAAAGAAAUAAAAUGAGAUGGAAAAGUACUAAGAAUUUUAUCUAGUUAAGGAAGUUAGAAUUGUACAUGUAUUUUUUCAUAAUUGUCCACGUUAACAAUUAUAUUGAAGAAUUUCAGUAUGAAGGCCUUGUCCUAAGAAUUAGCAAAAUGUUUUCUUAGCUGUAUAGAUUUUCUAUUUCAUAUUUGUAAGGAAUUAGAAAUUUUUAAUCAGGAAUAGCAGCAAAUGAAGAUAUUGCUGUAUAGUAUUUUUGUAUUUUACUAAUUUGUCUUUUUUCAAGGAAGUGUAUGUUGUUUUCACUUGCAGUGUAUCACUGAAGUAGAUUUUAUUUUGAUAUUAUUUUUGUAAUAAGGAACAACAAUCCUGUACAGUUCAAUGGCUCAAGUACCUGCUUUGUGGGUUAAUUAUUUGUAACCCAUGAGCACUCACAUUAAUCCAUUAAUUAAUUUUGUUGAGAAUGUAUUAAGAUGUGUAUGACUAUUUCAUAUGAAAUGAUAUCAAGAAACUUUAAUUAAUGGUCAUUUUGCACUGGAUGGAGAAUCUCAUUUUGUGGCCAUAAUUAAGAACGAGUGGGAUUUGUUGUCAUAUAUUAGUAGUAGGUCAGAGUAUGGGUAGCAUUUAUUCUGUAUUAAGAGCCUUAAAGAAAGAUCUUUUGUUUCUUCAUGUGCAGAUCCAGCUUAAAGUUUAUCGUGAAAAUACCAUACAAUAUUUUAAGGAAUAAUUGUGUAGAUCUUAGGCCUUGUAUAUCUAUGCCUUCAUCUAUAUAUUUAUUUCUAUCUGUCUAUAAUUAUAUCUGGAGGUGUGAAUGUGCAAAAGGAUUCAGAUCAUAUGAAAACUAUAUGAAUUUUUGUAGUAGUUACCAAAGGCCACUUAAGAUCCUAGUUACACCUUUCUUUGCCAUUACAAGCUUUUGCUUCCAAUCAGUGGAUAGGGUAACCCUGUUGCAGAGGGAAUAUUAGUGGACUGUUUGGCAGAUUGUACAGCAGCUUUGAGUUUGGAAGUCGUUGAUGCUUUCUGUGGUAUCAUAGAGCAUUGCAUUACGAGGCCCCAGAUAUGAUCUAAUAGGGUAAGGCUUCAGGAAUUAGUGGCAAGUCAGGUAUAUUAAUUAUAUCAAUAUUACAAUGCAAAAUAAUUUUUUAAUCAGCUUUGGUGUAUGACACUUUUGAUAUGUCUUUUUGGAGUGACCCCUCAGAAGUGGACACAAAGUCGUCAUUCAAGAGUAUGUAAUAAGCCAGAGAUUCAUUGUUUCUUUGGUUGGUAAGAACACUAAUUCCAUCCACACAUUCACACCAUUGGGGUCAACAGUUAUAUGGCCAGUAGAGCGAGAGUGAGUGACUGAGUUAGUGAGUGAAAAGAAGUGAGGGAAAUUGAAUGAGUGAAUGAGUAUUAAGAGUGUGUGUGUGUGUGUGUGUGUGUGUGUGUGUGUGUGUGUGUGUGUGUGUGUGUGUGUGUGUGUGUGUGUGUGUGUGUGUGUGUGUGUGUGUGUGUGUGUGUGCAUGUGUAUGUGUACAUUUGAAUACAAAUACAAUGCUUACAUGAACACAGAAAGUUAUGCUGAUAUGCAUGUGUUCCCCAUUUGCUUAUAUGUUCCCAAUUUAAAUGAAUGUAUUUAGAAUUAAAG